CUCAACUUUCUUCCUUUUCUUUCUUCUGUUAUCUCCCCAUCCUUGACGCCUCUGUCUUUAAGAUGCAGUCGCGUUUGUUGCCCUCCGGCCCUGGCAGGCGUUGGAUCUCCCUCCGCGUGCCGAGCACGCCUCAACGACGAGCAUUCGCCUCCACCCGCUUCCUUUUCCAGGAUGUCUUUCAGUCCCAGCUGGAUGACCCUUCCUCCGCCGCCCUCUUCUCCUCCCUGCAGACCUCCCGGGCCGUGCCCCAGACCUUGACGGAAAAGAUCGUUCAGAAAUAUGCCGUAGGACUGCCCGAAGGCAAGUUCGUCAAGUCCGGCGACUAUGUGACCAUCGCUCCCCACCGGAUCAUGACCCAUGAUAACUCUUGGCCCGUCGCAUUGAAGUUCAUGUCGAUCGGUGCCUCCAAGAUGCACGAUCCCGAUCAGGUCGUGAUGACACUCGACCACGAUGUCCAGAACAAAACGGAUAAGAACCUGCAAAAGUACCGCCAAAUCGAGGAGUUUGCUAAGCAACACGGUGUCGAGUUCUAUCCCGCCGGUCGAGGAAUUGGUCACCAAAUUAUGGUUGAAGAAGGCUUUGCCUGGCCCGGCACACUGGUGGUCGCUUCGGACAGUCACAGCAACACCUACGGUGCGGUGGCCUCCGUCGGAACGCCCAUCGUGAGAACCGAUGCGGCCAGUAUCUGGGCUACCGGUAAGACGUGGUGGCAGAUCCCUCCCGUGGCCAAGGUUACUUUUACCGGUAUCCUGCCUCCCGGCGUGACUGGCAAGGACGUCAUCGUUGCUCUGUGCGGUCUGUUCGACAAGGAUGAUGUUCUGAACCAUGCAAUUGAGUUCACCGGCUCUGAGGAAACCAUGAGAAGCUUGCCCAUGGAUAGCCGGUUGACAAUUGCCAACAUGACAACUGAGUGGGGUGCCCUGUCCGGAAUUUUUCCCAUGGACAGUGUUCUGAAAGGCUGGAUGAAGGGCAAGGCUACCACUGCGGCCAUGGGAUUGGCUGAUGGGCCGUUCAAGACCCUGGCUGCUCGCAACUUCACCCACCCUGCCAUCGAGCAGCUGUUUGUGAACCCUCUCACUGCCGAUAAGGGUGCCAAGUAUGCGAAGGAGCUCUUCCUAGACCUCUCGACUCUUUCUCCCUACGUUUCCGGCCCCAAUUCAGUCAAGAUCGCCACACCCCUGAAGGAGCUGGAAGCCCAGGAUAUCAAGGUCAACAAAGCCUAUCUGGUUUCCUGCACCAACUCUCGGGCUUCGGACAUUGCCGCUGCUGCCAAGGUGUUCAAGGAUGCCGCAGAGAAGAAUGGUGGGAAGGUCCCGAAGAUCGCUGAUGGCGUCAAGUUUUACAUUGCUGCCGCGUCUAUUCCCGAACAGCUCGCUGCGGAAGGAGCCGGUGACUGGCAGACUCUCCUGGAUGCUGGAGCAACAGCCCUCCCCGCUGGAUGCGGACCUUGCAUCGGUCUGGGAACGGGAUUGCUGGAGCCCGGUGAGGUCGGUAUCAGUGCGUCGAACCGUAACUUCAAGGGUCGUAUGGGUAGCACUGAAGCUAAGGCCUACUUGGGUAGCCCCGAAGUUGUGGCCGCCAGUGCUCUCAGCGGCAAGCUGAGCGGUCCUGGCUGGUACCAGCCCCCUGAAGGGUGGACUGAAGUUGUCCGCGGUGAGGGCGAUGGUAUCCGCGAGGAGGACCGCAUGCUCAAUACCGAGCAAGCUCUUGAGAAGCUCCUUGGCCAGUUGGAUGACCUUGUCGCCGACGGGGAGAAGCGCUUCGCUCCCGAGGAGAAGGUUGAGGAAGAGGGUGGCCUGACUGAGGUGUAUCCUGGAUUCCCUGAACGUGUCUCUGGCGAGAUUGUGUUCUGUGACGCUGACAACUUGAACACGGACGCCAUCUAUCCCGGUUACUGGACCUACCAGGACAAUGUUCCCGUGGAGAAAAUGGCGGAAGUAUGCAUGUCCAACUAUGAUAAGGAGUUCCACUCCAUUGCCAAGGAGGGUGACAUCCUGGUUGUCGGAUACAACUUCGGUUGUGGUAGCUCUCGUGAACAGGCGGCCACUGCUCUCCUGGCGAAGCAGAUUCCCCUGGUUGUGUCGGGUAGCUUUGGCAACAUCUUCUCCCGUAACAGCAUCAACAAUGCUCUCAUGGGUCUGGAGGUUCCUCGCUUGGUUAGCCGUCUGCGCGAGGAGUUCGGCGACAAGCAGCUUACCCGCCGGACCGGUUGGACUCUGACCUGGGAUGUCCGGCGCAGUCAGAUUGAGAUCCAGGAAGGCCAAAAUGGACCUAAGUGGACUCACAAGGUGGGCGAGCUGCCGCCGAACGUGCAGGAGAUCAUUGCGAAGGGUGGUCUGGAGAAAUGGGUCAAGAACGCCAUUGAGGCGUAGAGCAAGUGGUUCAGCAGAAAUGAAACUCGCAUGACUGUCGACAAAGUGAUUCUUAUGAUACCCAAGCCUUCCAGUCUUCGUUAUGGGGUUGCGGCGUGGAUGUUUCUUGGACAGAGACGAUACGCAUGGAGAAAAACAGACAAAAGAUGACUCUGCAUGUAUAGAAAAAAGAGAUUUUCUUUAUUAGAUGUACUCCAAUUCAU